GGGGUCGAAGGAAGAGUUGAAAAAUGUUAAAGGGUAUUUUUCUUCCCUAUAUGGUAACUAGUCACAUAAUUCCUCUGGUAGACAUAGGAAGGCUCUUCGCCAUGCAUGACGUGGACGUCACUAUCAUUGCUACACCAGUCAACGCUGCAAUUUUUCAAAGCUCCAUUGAUCGUGAUUCAAGCCUUGGUCGCUCCAUUCGAACCCACAUUGUUAAGUUCCCACAUGUGGCUGGUUUGCCAGAAGGAAUAGAGAACAUCAACUCUUCUACUCCUGUAGCCAUGUUCCCCAAAAUCAUGGAAGGAGUAACCAUUCUUCAAGGCCAAUUUGAACAACUUUUUCGUGACAUGAAACCUGAUUUCAUUGUCACUGAUAUGUUCUACCCUUGGAGUGCGGAUGCUGCUGCUGAAUUGGGAAUUCCGAGGUUGGUUUACAUGGGUUCAAGUUAUUUUUCUCACUGUGCAAGUAACUCCAUUGAAGAAUUCUCACCUCACACUAAGGUGAAUUCAGAUAGUGAGAGUUUUUUGCUUCCAGGGUUGCCGCACAAGUUGGAGAUGACACGUUCUCAGUUACCCGAUUGGGUCAGAGAACCAAACUUGUACACUAAUUUACUAAAAAUGAUUAGAGAAUCAGAGAAAAAGAGUUAUGGGUCUCUGUUCAAAAGCUUUUAUGAGUUUGAUCGAGGUUAUGAGGAGUAUUACAAUGCUGUGACUGGCACCAAGAGUUGGAGUUUGGGACCGGUUUCCUUAUGGGUGAAUCAAGAUGAUUCGGAUGAGACUUGUAAUGGACAUGCCAAAGAAGAAAAACAAGAAAAAGAUGAUUGUCUUACAUGGCUUGAUUCAAAAAAAGAGAAUUCAGUUCUCUACGUGAGUUUUGGGAGCAUGAACAAAUUCCUUGCGACACAGCUUGUGGAAAUAGCUCAUGCUCUUGAAGAUUCUGGCUAUGAUUUCAUUUGGGUAGUUAGAAAAGUUGAUGAUAAUGUGUUGGAGGAAUUUGAGAAGAGGGUGAGAGAAAGCAAUAAGGGUUAUCUAAUAUGGGGUUGGGCACCGCAAGUUCAGAUACUAGAGCAUCCUGCCACUGGGGCUGUUGUGACUCAUUGUGGCAUGAACACUGUUUUUGAAAGCGUGAACGCAAGUUUGCCAAUGGUGGCUUGGCCUAUUUUUGCUGAGCAAUUUUUCAAUGAGAAGUUGUUGGUGGAUGUUCUGAAAAUUGGAGUGGCAGUUGGAGCAAAAGAAUGGAGAAAUUUGCAUGGCACUGCGAAGGAGGUAUUGAAGAGGGAGGACAUUGGAAAGGCAAUUGCCAAAGUGAUGGAUGGUGGGGAGGAGUGUUUGGAAAUGAGGAAAAGAGUCAAAGUUCUAAGUGAUGCUGCAAAGAAGGCCAUUCAAGUUGGUGGGUCUUCUUAUAAUAACAUGAAAAAUCUAAUUGAGGACCUCAAGUCAAUCAAACUUCAAAAAGAGGCAGCGGCUUAG